AUGGAGGAAGCAGAGAGAGGAUCCUUUGUGGUCAAUCUGGCAAAGGAUCUGGGACUAGCAGAGGGGGAGCUGGCUGCAAGGGGAACCAGGGUGGUUUCCGAUGAUAACAAACAAUACCUGCUCCUGGAUUCACAGACUGGGAAUUUGCUCACAAAUGAGAAACUGGACCGAGAGAAGCUGUGUGGCUCCACAGAGCCCUGUAUACUGUAUUUCCAAAUUUUAAUGGAUGAUCCCUUUCAGAUUUACCGGGCUGAGCUGAGAGUUAGGGAUAUAAAUGAUCAUUCACCAGUAUUUCAGGAGAAAGAAACAGUCUUAAAAAUAUCAGAAAAUACAGCUGAAGGGACAGCAUUUCGACUAGAAAGAGCACAGGAUCCAGAUGGAGGACUUAACACGCGCUCGGCCACCGCCACGCUGCACGUGCUCCUGGUGGACGGCUUCUCCCAGCCCUACCUGCCGCUCCCGGAGGCGGCCCCGGCCCAGGUCCAGGCCGACUCGCUCACCGUCUACCUGGUGGUGGCGUUGGCCUCGGUGUCGUCGCUCUUUCUGUUCUCGGUGCUCCUGUUCGUGGCGGUGCGGCUGUGCAGGAGGAGCAGGGCGGCCUCGGUGGGUCGCUGCUCGGUGUCGGAGGGUCCCUUUCCAGGGCAUCUGGUGGACGUGAGCGGCACCGGGACCCUGUCUCAGAGCUACCAGUACGAGGUGUGUCUGGCAGGAGGCUCUGGGACCACUGAGUUCAGGUUCCUAAAACCAGUUAUCCCUCAUAUGCAGGCAAAGGGUCGUGGGAAGAAUAGUGAAGAAAAUCCCACCUUUCGAAAUAGCUUUGAAUUUAAUUUUUAGUAAGAAUGCUAUUUACAUUUUCAUGUACUUUUUAAGUUUUA